AUGUUGUUAGCUGAAGGAAAUCGGAGUGCCGGAGCCACAUUCACUCUCUUGGGCUUCUCAGAUUUUCCAGAUCUCCAGGUGCCCCUGUUCCUGUUCUUCUUGGCUUGUGUAUUUGCGGUGGCAGAAACAUUCAUGUUGGCAGUGAUGGCCUAUGACCGAUUUGUGGCCGUGUGUAGCCCUCUGCUCUACACAGUAGUCAUGUCCCCAAAGCUCUGUGCAUCACUAGUAGCUGGACCCUACACCCUGGGAAUAGUAUUUUCCCUGACACUCACCUGCUUUCUCCAGGCCUUAUCCUUCUGUGGGUCUAACAUCAUAAAUAAUUUUUUCUGUGAGCACUCUGCCAUUGUUUCUGUCUCCUGCUCUGAUCCCUACAUCAGCCAAGUGCUUUGCUUUGCCAUGGCCGUAUUCAAUGAGGUGAGCAGCCUGGUAAUCAUUCUCACUACUUAUGUUUUCAUCUUUGUCACUGUCAUAAAAAUGCCUUUAGCUAGUGGGCGCCAAAAAGCCUUCUCCACUUGCGCCUCCCACCUGACCACCAUCACCAUUUUCCAUGGGACUCUCCUGUUCCUUUAUUGUGUCCCCAACUCCAAAAACUCAAGGCUCAUAAUCAAAGUAGGUUCUGUAUUUUAUACAGUGGUAAUUCCCAUGCUGAACCCUCUGAUAUACAGCUUCAGAAACAAAGUUGUGAAGGAGAGUGUCAGGAAAUUAAUUCAUCGCUCAAUACAAUUUUGUUGA